AUGAGUUCGUGGUGCGAGACUGAUCUCAACGGACGCGAUGAUGAGCCCGACGAAGACGUUGAUGCAACAGUCAACCAGUACCAGGACGAUCCAGACUGGGACGAUGAGGAAGAAGAGCUCAUCGAAGACACCCAGGACGAUUUUAUACCGACUCCUCCUACUGCGGAUCCCCAAAUCAAUAUACCACCAUUUUCAAGCGAACGCAUCCUCACUGUGGUUCAUACAAACGGCAUCCACAAACUUGCUUUUACCUUCUGCCAAUGCGAAAACGCGGCCUCUGAGGCAAUGCAACUGCUUUCUCUUGGGUACUACCCUGGGUCCAUCAAGCGUCCUAAGACAGCGUUCACCUUGGCCUGCCUUGACGAUUUCCUGCUUACAAACCGACAAUGCAAAACAUCCCCGUGGAGCUAUCACAUGAAGUUGUGUCGGGCUACAGAUGGAGUGUUUUACGGACGGAUCCGGCUCGGAUACAAGGCCCUUCUCAGGGUAUCUAGGCAGUACCGAGUGCUCAAGUGGAGAAUGCACCGAGGAUUCGGUCACUCUUUGAGCAGCACGUUCGAUAACUUGCCGUUGGGAGCAUUAGCCGUCGUGUGUCCAGCAUGUCCGAAGCCCGGAAUCAAUACGCCCCCUGGCUGGGCUGAGAGUCCAGAGAGACUCGAAUAUCCAGCAUCAAUAGCGUCAGACGGCAACUUUUGCGCACAGCACAUGAGGAUGAAGAACCCUGGAGACGACAUCUCACUGGCGGAGGGCGAAGUAUUCACGGUGAAGCCGGGACCAUACCAGGCGCAUCUGGCUGAGGCCAUUGCUAGAAAAAAAGAAAUUCCACCAGGACCCGCGACAUGCAACGAGCACCGUGCAACGCAAGAAAACACUGGCGGGAAGGACCAUUUGGACGCCACUGGAAUUGGCGCAGCAGCGUGUUCGCGUCACGAGUUCUUCAUCCCCCAUACUGUUGUGGAUUUUCAGAAGGGCGAAGCUCAACGGAACAUGGACUACUCGCUAAGCUUUGCAAUGAAGUUCUUCCCAUUCUUUGCGACGUACCUCAUCAUCUACGACGUAAUAUGCCAAUAUCACAUUCACAUGUUCAAGAGGUUCGAGGCCUCAAGCUUCCUGGAGCUCCCAGCUGCGGCCACCUUCCUUUGGGCCAUUGGCCAGUUUCACGUUCACGGGCAUCAACCGGAAUGCUUCGCUAGGUAUUCACUCAACUUCAUCAAGGGCGCAGGAAUGCAAGCAGGAGAAACCUUGGAAUCACUGUGGAAGCCGCUUAACUUCAUCAGGGACAGCACUCGCGGCAUGGCUGCAUCUCACCGACGUGAAGUCCUGGACGACCACAUGAAUGAUUCGAAUUGGAUCAAGCUUACGCGAAUGGCAUCUACACUCUUUCGAAGGUGGAAAUCUGCAGUUCAAGAAUAUCGAGCUGCAUGCAAGGCUUUCUGCGAAAUUGACCAAGUGAUCACCGCCGAUGAGCGCCGCGAGUGGGAGGAAGAGCUGAACCACGCCAACGAAGCACGAAAAACAGACCCAGCUGCCAUGGAUAUCUUUAAUCCGGCUUACCCCAUCGUUGACGCCUAUGAUGGUCCACAAAACCUGGGAGCGGAAUGGGACACCCUCGAGAACUACUCUUCCAAUGAUAUGACUACCGAUGCCAUUCCAAUCGACACCAGCGCCCCAGAACACCACCCAAUUCUCCUCCCAUCAACGCUAGGAGUGGAGCACCUUAAGACACACGGGCUCACAAGAUUGCUUGACUACGAACGGCAGCUUCGGAAAGCAGAGAUGAACGAUUGCAUUGACGCCAUUCGCCGUGGGAUCGACACUAAAUCCUAUAUCUAUGCCACCGGCGUCCGCAACGCCAACUCGACUCGCGCAUCCCUUCGAUCUUUUAACGAGAUUAGUGUCGCCGAUCAAACGGUGACCAAGCACGUCAGAAUCUACACCUUGUCCCGAGCAGCCCUUACCCGGCUCUACGACCACGACAGCACCGAAGACCUUGCCCAGAGAGAAGUGGAUCUGUCCAUUUACCGGAAGAUUGCACGUGCGGACCUCGGAGUGAACACUGCUAUUGUUGAAGCGACACUGCGCGGGGCUCGCAACAAGCACCCUUCCUGGAUCUGGACUUUUACCGGAAACGUUGGUGGCUCACCAUUAUACGACACCCUCAGCAAAAAGUCCAUGUGGUUCCGCGGCUACCACCGCAGGGCGCGGUGGAGCGAAGAACUGAAGGCUCUGGACUUGGAGAUGCACUGCACUGUGCUCUCAUUUUCGGGCCACCAAAGGGACUGGAAGGAGCGGGCUAAGGCGACCAAGCAUCUGCCAGGGCACACGUGCUACGCCAACGGGCAGGCGGCGAUGUGGCAGCAAUUGGUGGAUGAGAGCGCGGCAAUUUUCCACCAGGCGAGGGAUAAAUAUCGAGACCCAUCCAUAAUGUAA